AUGGAUCAAACCAAGCAGACCAAUCCUGAAUUCUACUACGGGCCAGUGACUGGGUUGAUUGCGCGCAACGCCGCCAAAGAAAUAGUUCGUAAUUUCCUUGUCAUCCACGGCAACUUUACCUAUCGGGAAGGGUGGGAAAGAAUCCCUGAGAACUGGUACAAGGCUCCAGUAGACUAUGGUUUGGUGCAACUCAACCUUGACACCCUCGACUGGCUCCUGAAUAUUGGAGGAAACACUAGAAACAUCAACAGUUUCAUAGGAGUCAAUUCAUCUGGUGCAACAGGUGGCGCCUUCAACCUAACCACCCUCUUGGAGGAAAACAACCUCCUCUGCUUUGCGUUUGAAGUCCUGAAGUUCCUCAGCCCUAACGCGCUCGCAGGGCUGUACAAGGCUUUGUCUAUACCAUUGGAUAUGAUCAAUGAUGCAAUAUCCGCACCGCUGUUGAACUUCUCAUGUCCCGCAUUCAAAGAUAUGCAGAUUGGUGGAAAGCCAUUCUGGGAAGCUAUCCAGAAUGACUUUCCUGGGCUGCGAAAAGUGGUGGCGCAUUUUGACUCAAUGAGUAUAGGCAAAGGGGGCUGA